UCGGCUAUGGGAGGAAGAAAGAAGGUAGGUCUUCUCACUCACUUCCUCUUUCUCUCUCUCUGCAUUUGAAGAAAUCGGGGCUGAGGAGGUCGGCGGCACAGGAGCUCUCACGAUCGGAGAGCGAGGUUGAGCAGCACGGAGGAGGUCGGAGGUCGGGGAGAAGAAGAAUAGAGGGGAUUCGCGUGUGGAGAUGUCGGGAAUGGAAGAGAUUUGCGAACGUGAAGAAGCACUGGAGGUGUCCGGUCGAUUGGCUUUUAAAGGCGUUGAAGAGCGACGAUCGAGAGCGGGAUUCAUGCAGGAAUCACGGGGAAGCGAUGGAUUCGGCACCGUUUGCAGGUGAACUUAUGAUGCUAAUGUCUUCCUUUACUGACAGUGGAGAUGGUCCUGCCAUAUUGAAAUUGGUAAAAUGGGACCAUUUGCCAUAUCAUUUGAAGCCAUCGGAAUUAUCUGAAGUUUCCAUCUCUCCAACAAGGAACUUGUUGCUGUUGCUUUCAUAUCAAUCUGAAGCAUUAUUACUUCCACUAACUGCUGGAUUGCGUUCUUUCUAUUAUUUAAAGGAUGGCGCUGACACGUCUUGUCAUCUAGAUCAUUGCCCGGUACCUAUCAUUUUUACAGAAUUUCCAACGUCUACUCCAGUUACAGUAAAAAAUCCUACAGAAAGUUUUGAAAAUCCUUGUGAAGUUAGUUCUGCAUCAUUUGGUUCUUGUGCUUUAAUCUCAAAUGUCAAGUCAUUUGCAUGGGGCCAUUACGGGGAUUCAUAUGGUCACUUUGAACAGUCUGAUUUUAGGGAGUUUCUCCUUGUUUGCACUGAUGAUUGCUUUACUUUUCAUUCAUUCCGUUAUCCCAAUAAAGGCUAUCAAGGGAGCACGUUUGUCAAGGAAAGUGGACCUUUCAAUGGAAAUUGGGUGGAGUGGGGGCCGUCUUCUAGCAUUCACACCAAAGAGAAGUAUCUAGAUGUUGAUGGAUGUGAAAAUAAGUUUGGAGAUGAUAAAUACUAUAAAACUACGUUGGAACAGAAAAAGUGGCUCCAAACGUUCCUCACAGAAGUGGAUGCUUCUUGGUGUGGUAAUAAGUACUUGGCUAAAUUUCCUAUAAAAUCCUCAUACCCCAAGUCUGCAGCAGUUUUAUCAUUUGAUCUUAGUUCUGCUACCAUGAAAUUUUUGGAAUCCUGUCUUACAACUCAUCCAUUUGAUGAGACAAAGAGUGAUCCUGAGAUUCCGGUGAGUGCAGUGCAUAAUCCACCUUUACCUGAUAAUCAAGCCAGUCUUCACUCUGCAGCUGGUUUUAUAGGCAGUUCAUACAAAUGCUCUAGAGUGUUUUCAGGCUCCUUACACAACCAACUUGGCCUUGUGUUGACAAGUCCAGAGCAUGUGAUAGUUGAAAAUGAAGUACAUAAAGGAGGAAACGUUAUCGUUGUGGUAAUUAUGUUAUACUACUGGGGAGUAGAGUGGGUCUGUUCAAUAGAUCUUGAAAAGCCGUAUCAUGGUCCUGGCCCAGGUUACGAAUGGGCAGACUUCCAAUUCUUAGAUACUUUACUUGUUUGUCUUAGCACUUCAGGUUUAACCUGCAUUUGGUGUGCUAAGACUGGUAACCCAAUUGCAAGUUUUGAUGUUGUUGAAAGCUGUGAGGUUAAUUUAAAUGUUCGGUCACAGUUAAACCAGCUGAAGACACCAGAAGCUGAUAGUUGGAGAGGUGAAAGCAUGAGAAAUUUUAAGAGCUUGAUGGUGACUCCAUGUUCUUUUCUAUUAGCUGCUGCUGAUGAACACGGCGUGAUCUAUGUGGUUGAUGCAGAUGAUCAUAUCUCAGGACAUCUUCGAAACAAAAUUAUUUCUCCCUCUCAGGAUUCUGCUCUUGGCGUGCUGGCUAGCUGGGAUGUUGCCGGAAAGGGGAUAGGUUGUCAAAAAGUUUUUGCUGAUAUUUCCAACAGUCUAUGUUUAGAUGGUUCAGGAAUUUCAAAAGGAGAUUUGACAGGCGACAAACAAGGCUCUGUUAUCCUUCCAGGGAAAUGGGUAAGAAAGCGAAUCAAUGAUAAAGAGAACGGUUUGGAAGGCUAUAUAAGUGGUUCUAAUAUUCUUUCAGAAGUAAAGGAUCACCUAGAAAUUUCUCACUCUAAAAAGAAAGGAUUCUCAACUCCUAUAAGGAGAUUACAUCUGCCACCAAAGCAUAAUUGCUCCAAGGAUUCUGUUUGCUUUUCACCUUUUGGAGUAACUAGAUUGCUUGGAUAUUAUGGUAGAACAGGGGAGAAACUUUACAAUUUUUUUCAUACUGAUUUACAUGUUUCUUCAACUGUUGCUGAUGACAGAAAUUUGGAUAAUUUCUUGCUCUACAAAAGAUGUUUUAAGAAGGAUGUUUUUGUUGGAGAAUCUUUAGGAUUCUCCUUCAAGGGGAAUUUGUAUGUGCUGACUCAAGAAGGCCUCUUUGUCAUUCUACCAUCAGUUUCAUUCCCAUGUAUUGUGCCCUCAAUUGAAUCUGCAAGUCACUGGAAGCUCAGUACUGCUUCCAGCAAAUAUGAAAUGAACGGUUUAUUGGCAGUAAAUGAACCACAUGAACUUUGGAGACCUUGGCAGAUGGAAGUUUUUGAUAAGACUCUUUUUUUUGAAGGUCCUGAAGUAGCAGAAGCCAUUUGUUUAGACAAUGGAUGGGAUUUACAAGUUGCUCGUUUGCGACGAAUGCAAUUAGGGUUGCAUUAUCUCAAGUUUGACGAGAUAAAAGAAUCCUUGGAUAUGCUUGUUGAUGCAAAUCUUGCUGAAGAAGGCAUCCUGCACUUGCUGUUUACUUCUGUUUAUCUGCUAUUUUGUAAAGCUGGAAAUGACAAUGAAGCAUCCUUGGCAUCCAGGUUGUUAGCUCUGGCUGCCUGUUUUGCAACUAAAAUGAUUCGGAAAUACGGUUCAGCUGAACAUAAGGGAGAGAAAGUCCUUUCUCCUCGGAAGGAUUUUAAGAGUGUACAUAUGUGGAAACGUAAGCAUUUCCAGAAGUUUUGUGGGACAAGUAACUCCCGAAUGCUUUCUGGGAUGGCCCUUCUGUUGGAGGUUAUUAGAAAUCUUCAAAACCAACUGAGUUCAAAGGACAGAAGGCUGCUUCUUGAUAUGAGAGAUGGAAAAGAUAUGAGAGACAUGGUUAAUGGAGAAAACUUGCAGAAUAAUUCAAUGCUUCCAAUUGCUUUAGCUGAGUCUGUUUCAUUAAGCGUGUUAGAUUCCGUGGAAUCUCAGGCUAAGGCAUCAUUAUUACAGUUCAAUGAACUUGAAGAUGAGGCCUUAUCUUCAGCAAAACCUUCUUCUAGUCAAGUGAAUUUGAAUGAGAUUUAUGUUCCUGAAGCUGAUCCCAUCGCAAGGAGUAAAAUACUUCAUUUGGAAAAUCCUAAGGAAACCAUCACACGUUGGAAAAAAGAUAGUCCUGACCUGAAAACUGUUGUAGAGGAAGCUUUAUGUUAUGACCGCCUCCCAUUAGCAGUGCUUCAUGUGCAUCUUCAACGCCAUGGGGAUCAGAUGGAUGAAAAACAACGUUAUGAUAAUUUUACUGAAGUUUGUGAAAUUGGUCGAGCUAUUGCUUAUGAUCUUUUUCUAAAGGGUGAAAGCACACUAGCUGUGGAGACAUUACUAAGACUUGGUGAGGAUUUAGAACUUACCCUUCGGCAAUUGUUGCUUGGUACUGUCAGAAGAUCACUCCGAGCACAAAUUGCCAAAGAAAUGGAAUCGUAUGGAUACCUGAGAAGAACAGAGAUGAAAAUAUUGGAGAGAAUUUCUCUUAUUGAGCGGUUGUAUCCUAGCAGCAGCUUCUGGUUUGCAUAUCAUGGGAAGCAGAAAGACGGAAUUGUGUCAAGCGCUAAUUGGGAGGUUUCAAAAGCUGAAUUGAAAUUUCAUGUGAAUGACAGUUUCAUCAUCGAAUGUGGAGAUAUUGAUGGGGUCAUUUUAGGCUCGUGGGCUAAUUUGGAUGAUGGCCCUGCCUUUUCUGUGGUUGAUGAAGAAAAUGUCCAUGCUGCAUACUGGGCUUGUGCUGCGACUUGGGCUGAUGCUUGGGAUCAAAGAACUAUUGACCGUGUAGUUCUUGAUCAGUCUAUUGAUAUGAGCGUCUCUGUGUCAUGGGAAUCUCAGUUGGAAUUCCAUUUAUCACACAACAAUUUUGAGGAAGUCCACAAACUCAUUGGCAUCAUACCUCCAACUUUAUUAUCUGACGAAACCCUUAAAAUUAAUCUUAAGCAUUCAAGUUCUAAUUCUGGAAAUGAUGCCAUGGCUAUGGGCUAUUUACUAGAUAUUUGUGCUUCUGGAGAAGUGGAGCCUGUUUGCUUGUUUAUUCCAAAUAUCAAAGUUUUCAGAUUUUCUGCUGUUUAUAUGUGUUCGUCUUGGUUAAAAGUGCUUGUGGAGCAGGAAUUGGCCAGAAAAUAUAUCUUCUUGAAAGAUUACUGGGAAAGUACUGCUGAGCUUAUGCCUCUUAUUACCCGUGCCGGUUUAAUUAUCAAUGCAUCAGAAAUUUCUACUAGUUCUCAAUUCUCUGAUAGUUCUCUGGGUCUUGAUGCGGAGAGAGUUACUGAUCAUGCUCACAAUGACACUGCCGAGGCAUUACACAGGCUAAUUAUGUGCUAUUGCACUCAGCAUAACUUUCCACACUUUCUAGAUCUAUACCUUGAUCAUCAUAAUCUGGUUUUAGAUGACGAUACUCUCUGCUCUCUCCGUGAAGCUGCAGGGGAUUGUCAAUGGGCAAAAUGGCUCCUAUUUUUGAGGGUGAGGGGCUAUGAACAUGAAGCAUCAUUCUUUAAUGCCCGUUCGAUUUUAUCUAAGCAAAUGGCCAAUUCUAACAAGCUCAAUGUCAAUGAAGUGGAUGAGAUAAUAAAGACUGUGGAUGAUAUGGCUGAAGGGGGAGGAGAAUUAGCUGCUUUGGCUACGCUGAUGUAUGAAUCUGCCCCACUGCAGAAAUUUCUUUGUACUGGAAGUGUAAGUAGACAUUGCACUUCAUCUUCUCAAUGCACAUUGGAAAACUUAAAGCCAGGUCUUGAGAAGUUUCCUACAUUGUGGAGGACUCUUGUUUCAGCUUGCUUUGGAACAGAUUCAGUUGGCAUUUCUACGAGCUCAAGUUUAAGUAAAUUUUUUGGAAAGUCGGCAUUUUCAGACUACUUGAGAUGCCGAGAUAGCUUGUUUUCAUCUGCUGGAGGGGAUACUUCUUUGGUGCAAAUGCUUCCAUGUUGGUUUCCAAAGUCUGUAAGGAGAUUGGUUAGGCUAUUUGCCCAGGUUCCUCUGGGAUGGCAAUCAUUUUCAAGUGCUUUAACUUUUGAUGCUUCCAUUCUAUGUCGAGAAAACAAUUAUGUGUUUAAUGGAAACGUUGAUGGAAUAAAUCCUGUAAGUUGGGAAGCUUCUAUCCAGAAAAGUGUCGAGGAGGAGUUAUAUUCUUCAAUUGAGGAAGAUGGGUCGGGCAUGGAGCAACAUUUGCAUCGUAGCCGUGCAUUGGCAGCAUUUAACCAUCUACUUAGUUUAAGAGCUUCAAAACUUAAAGAGGCUACUGAACAUCAAGAACCUUUGAGGCAAACCAAUAUUCAAUCAGAUGUCCAAGCAAUAUUAUCAAGCUUGAGCCUUAAAGAGUGGUCCCUUCUUCCAUCCGUCAUCCAAUUGGCUGUUAUGCACUUUGAUGAUCCUGCACUAGUUGCUUCAUGCACAUUCCUGCUGGAGUUAUGCGGAGUAUCUGCUAGCAUGCUUCGUAUUGAUAUUGCUGCACUUCUGCGUAUUUCUGAUUAUUACACUUCAAUCAGGCAAAAUACUCAUGAUGUUUCACCUAAGGGUUCUUCCAUUUAUGCUGAAUCCCAUGAAGGUGACAUCACCUAUUCUCUUGCACGAGCUCUAGCUGAUAAUUAUAUAUACCAAGACAAUCUUAUGCCAAUGAAGCAGAAGGAAGUUAAAGUCAAUGAUUCUAAAGGUAAACAACUGUUGCAACCACUCUUAAUUGUUUUACAACAUUUGGAAAAAGCAAGUUUGCCAUCACUAGAAGAAGGCAAGACAUGUGGAUUUUGGCUUUCCAGUGGUAUUGGUGACGGAUUUGAAUUCAGGUCGCAGCAAAAAGAUGCAAGCCAGCACUGGAAACUGGUUACAGAAUUUUGUCAGAUUCAUAAUCUUCCUUUGAGUAUAAAGUAUCUUGCUUUACUUGCGAAUGACAAUGACUGGGUUGGGUUUCUAAUGGAAGCUCAGAUCAGACUGUUUCCAACGGAUACAGUUAUCAAAGUGGCGGCUAAGGAGUUUAGCAAUCCACGACUGAAGAUGCAUGUUUUAACAGUACUGAAAAGUAUGCCGUCAAUGAGGAAAAACCAAAGCUCUUCAUUAAAUACUUCCUCAGGGAGCAGUCAUAUGGUCGUUGCAAAUGAUAGUGAGACUAUGGUCCCCGUUGAACUUUUUGGACUAAUUGCAAUGUGCGAGAGGCAAAAAAAUCCUGGUGAGGCUCUUCUCAUCAAAGCCAAAAAUCUCAGGUGGUCUCUAUUGGCUAUGAUUGCUUCAUGCUUUCCUGAUGUCUCUCCAGUUUCAUGUCUAACCGUUUGGCUUGAGAUUACAGCAGCAAGAGAGACAUCAUCAAUCAAGGUGAAUGAUAUUUCCUCCAAAGUUGCUGAAAAUGUAAAAGCUGCUGUAGAGGCUACCAAUGCUUUGCCAUCGGGAUGUAGAACUCUUUCAUUUCAUUACAAUAGGAGAAACUCUAAGAGAAGGAGGCUUUUGGAUCCUUCAUCAGGCAGCCCCUCUUCUGGCUCCACUAACAUCACUCCUAUGGUAGUUUCUGUCUCCGAAGAAACUUUAUCCAAUGAGUCUGAAACAAGUGCAAUUCCUGAGCAAUCCAAGAUCUCCAGUGAUCCUGAUGAAGCCCUUACUUCUCUGUCAAAUAUGGUAGCUGUUCUCUGCGAACAGCAUCUAUUUCUUCCUUUGCUAAGAGCUUUUGAAUUGUUUCUACCAUCAUGCGCGCUUCUUCCUUUUAUACGGUCCCUUCAGGCAUUUUUUCAAAUGCGACUGUCUGAAGCGUCAGUGCACCUAACAUCCUUUUCAUCGAGAAUAAAAGAUGAAUCAUUCUAUAUGCUGGCAAACAUGCAAAGAGAUGGUAUACUAAAGGCCACAUGGAUUAUUUCGACAGCUGCAAAAGCUGCAGAAGCAAUGCUCUCAACAUGCCCUUCAGCUUAUGAAAAGAGGUGUUUGUUGCAACUUCUUGCAGGGACUGAUUUUGGGGAUGGAGGAUCCACUUCUAUAUAUUUUCAGAGACUCCACUGGAAAAUUAAUUUAGCUGAACCCUCACUACGCAAGGAUGAAGACUUAGAUUUAGGAGAUGAAACACUAGGUGAUGACUCUCUAUUAGCAGCUUUAGAAAAUAAUGGUCGCUGGGACCAAGCAAGAAAUUGGGCAAGGCAACUAGAGUCUGCUGGUGCAUCUUGGAAAUGUGCUGUUCACCAUGUCACGGAAACUCAGGCUGAGGCUAUGGUGGCAGAAUGGAAGGAAUUCCUCUGGGAUGUCCCUGAGGAAAGAGCUGCUUUAUGGGCCCACUGUCACACACUUUUUGUGAGAUAUUCGUUUCCAGCAUUGCAGGCAGGGUUGUUUUUCCUUAGACAUGCUGAUGCUAUUGAAAAGGGGAUUCCGGCUAGAGAAUUACAUGAAAUGCUCUUAUUUGCACUUCAAUGGUUAAGUGGAUAUAUUACACAAAUCCCUCCAGUUUAUCCUCUUCACCUUUUGCGGGAGAUUGAAACUAGAGUGUGGCUUCUAGCCGUUGAAUCAGAAGCUCAAGCCAAAAUAGAAGGUGAUUACAAUCUGCCGUCUUCUAUCCAGCAUCUAGGCGGUGGAAACAGUGUUGGUAUUAUAGAGCAAACUGCCACUAUUAUAGAGAAAAUGGAUGGACAUAUAAAUGCAACGUGCUUAAAAGUUUCCGAGAGGAAUGGUUCAAGAGAAAACUGCAUGCAACUUAGCCGUCCUAAUCAAGCCUCAGAUUCUACCAAUUCUGGUACUAUGUCAUGCAGCACAAGAAUCAAAAGGAGGACCAAGAACCAUCCGGUUCUAAAACGUCCCAUGGAUAACAUGGACACCAACAAUGACUCUGAUGAUUCUCCCAAAUCUCCACAAACUCUGAGUAUUGUUGGUGACAUAUCUAAAAGUUCCCCACUUCAAGAAGAAAAUGUGAAAAUUGAAGCAUCGGUUUCAGGGUGGGAGGAAAAAGUGAGGCCUGCAGAUAUGGAAAGAGCUGUUCUUUCCCUUUUGGAAUUUGGACAAGUAACAGCUGCUAAGCAGCUUCAGCAUAAACUAUCCCCAGCUCAUGUGCCUUUUGAACUAGCUAUUGUUGAUGCUGCUUUAAAGGUUGCUUCCCUUUCAUCUUCAAGUAGUAAUGAAGGAAGAAGAGGUUCAAUGAUGGAUGCUGAAGUCCUUCCUUUUAUUCAAUCUCUUAAUAUUCAUUUUAACAGUCAUGCGAUUAACCCAUUGCAGGUAUUGGAGUCCCUGACCUCCAAAUGUGGGGAAGGCUGUGGUCGUGGAAUAUGUUGGAGAAUAAUAGCUGUGGUAAAAGCUUCCAAAGUUUUGGGACUUGCAUUUUCUGAGGCAUUCGAAAUACGGCCUAUAGAAUUGCUUCAAUUGCUCUCUUUAAAGGCACAAGAUUCUCUCGAGGAAGCAAGGCUCUUGGUACAGACCCAUUUCAUACCACCUGCAAGUAUUGCAAGGAUUCUGGCUGAAUCAUUCCUGAAGGGUUUAUUAGCAGCACAUCGAGGGGGCUAUAUGGAUUCUCAAAAGGAAGAAGGUCCAGCACCACUUUUAUGGAGAUUUUCUGAUUUUUUGAAAUGGGCUGAACUUUGUCCUUCUGAACCAGAAAUUGGCCAUGCACUGAUGCGCUUAGUGAUGACUGGUCAAGAAAUUCCACAUGCUUGUGAGGUUGAGCUUCUCAUACUUUCGCAUCAUUUCUACAAGUCUUCUGCCUGUCUAGAUGGUGUGGAUGUUCUCGUCACCCUUGCUGCAAAUAGGGUAGAAUCUUAUGUUUCAGAGGGAGAUUUCUCUUGUUUGGCUCGGUUGGUAACUGGAGUGAGCAAUUUCCAUGCCUUGAACUUCAUUCUCAACAUUCUGAUAGAGAAUGGCCAGCUGGAACUCCUGCUUAACAAGUAUACCACUCCUGAUACUGUUGCUGGCUCAUCAGAAACUAUUAGAGGAUUUAGAAUGGCUGUUCUCACAUCACUGAAGAUUUUUAAUCCUCAUGAUCUCGACUCAUUUGCAAUGGCGUAUUCUCAUUUUGAUAUGAAGCAUGAAACUGCAUCCCUACUCGAUUCACGCUCUUUGCAACACAUGCACCGGUGGCUCUCCCAUCCUGAAAGAGACCGCCAAACUGAAGAACUUCUUGAAGCCAUGCGCUACCUGAUUGAAGCCGCUGAGGUUUUUUCCACCAUUGAUGCCGGCCACAAAACUCGCUACGCUUGUGCCCGCGCAGCCCUCCUCUUCCUCCAGAUUCGCAUCCCAGAUCUCACCUGGAUUGAACUCUCCGAAACAAACGCUCGUCGAGUUCUUGUGGAGCAGUCCCGCUUCCAGGUUGCCCUUGUUGUUGCAGAAGCCUAUGGCCUAAACCAGCCAAAUGAGUGGGCUCCUGUUCUAUGGAACCAAAUGCUGAGGCCCGAUUUGCUUGAGGAGUUUGUGACCGAAUUUGUGCUGGUUCUUCCCCUUCAUCCAUCGAUGCUUCUCGAGUUAGCGAGGUUUUAUCGAUCUGAGGUGGCUGCGAGGGUUGAUCAGUCACAUUUUUCUGUGUGGCUUUCGCAUGGUGGUUUGCCUGCGGAGUGGGUUAAGAAUCUUGGAAAGUCAUUUAGAAGUUUGCUUAGAAGGACCAGGGAUUUGCGGUUGCGGGUUCAGCUGGCAACAACAGCUACAGGUUUUGAAGAUGUGAUUAAUGCCUGCAAUAAGGUCUUGGAUAAAGUACCAGAUAAUGCAGGUCCGCUCAUCUUGAGGAGAGGCCAUGGAGGAGCUUAUGUUGCCCUCAUGUGAACUGCAUCUUCCCUUCUACAAAAAACGAUCGAAGUUAUCCAUAUAUGUAUAUAUAUUCCUAGCACAUAUGACAUUCUGCGAGUCUUUUUUUUUUUUUAGUUUUUAUUUUUUUAUAUCUUAGUGAGAUCUGUUCAAGAUCCAAAAAGGCGAGAUUCUUGUCUGCAAUCGGCAUUGAAAAUUGGAUAAAAAGGGCAAAUCUGUGCUCGGGUGAAUUUUUUUGGAAAAUUUUGGGGCAGAAGCCCUUCUAUUACUA